AUUCUCAAUCAACUUAGAAUUAAUGCUUCAAGAAUUGAACAUAAUCAUCUUUUAAAAAGACAUCAAAAAAACUAUGCCGACAUUAAUCUGUGUACAAUGACAUCAAGGAGAAAGCCAUGAAUUUCAGAAUCCGCCUGUGAACUCUGCAAGCAGUUUGCACAACUGUGAAUUGGGUACUCACCAAUUAUGGCGACCGAGAGAGGUUCUGAAGCCCUUGCAAGUUCUCCUCACAAAAGAAAUGAAAAUUUUAGUGUUGAGUUCAGUAAAGAAAGUGAUGUAAGCCUGCCUCUCUCUCUCUCCCUCUCUUUCUCUGUAUCCCCAUAUUACACCUGAAACUGUAUUCAAGUAUACAUGCUUAUAAUCACCAUAAAUGGUCACAUCCAAUCGCAUAUAUGCAUUUAACACGAUAAUCAACUGAUAUGAAUUGCAUAGUGAUUGAGAAAGAUCGACACUUUCAAUAUGGCCAUGGAAGUUAACUUCCGGUUUGCGAAUACAAGUUCCUUGCCCAACUAUUUUUUCAGGUAUACAUGAGAACCAAGAUGCUUAUUCACGAAUCACCGACGACUCAAAUAUCAGUUGAAACACAGUCACUUGAUGAAGCGCCAAAUGGGUUUUCUCCGAAGGAUUCAAAUUCAGGAAUGAAUCAGAUGGUUACUCAAUAUGCUCUUGACAUGGAAGAAAUUUCACUCAGUGGCAAUGGCAGGGAUAAUCCUCUGGACCGACCUCUAAACAGAACGAUAUCAAUUCCUUCCACUCAUCUGACACCAUAUAGGGUAGUGAUUAUAAUUCGGUUAAUCGUACUGGUUUUCUUCUUCCAAUACAGAAUUACACAUCCUGUGGAUCGUGCAUAUCCCCUCUGGCUCAUAUCCAUCAUAUGCGAGAUCUGGUUUGCCUUGUCGUGGAUUCUCGACCAAUUCCCUAAAUGGUUUCCGAUCACACGUGAAACAUACCUCGACGCCCUUGCCAUGAGGUAUGAUAGAGAAGGGGAGUCUUCACAGCUAGCCCCAAUUGAUGUUUUCGUGAGCACAGUGGAUCCCCUCAAAGAACCACCUCUUGCUACGGCGAACACCGUACUAUCAAUCCUAGCUGUUGAUUACCCAGUUGACAAAGUUUCAUGCUAUGUUUCUGAUGAUGGAUCAGCAAUGCUAACAUUUGAAACACUGAUGCAAACAGCUGAGUUUGCAAGGAAAUGGGUUCCCUUUUGCAAGAAAUAUGACAUAGAACCUAGGGCUCCAGAGCAUUAUUUUUCCAAAAAGAUAGAUUACUUAAAGGAUAAACUGCAACCUUCCUUUGUCAAACAACGUAGAAUCAUGAAGCGAGCAUAUGAUGAUUUCAAAGUGAGUAUCAAUGCUCUUGUGGCAAAGGCACAAAAGAUCCCAGAUGAAGGGUGGGUUAUGCAAGAUGGCACUCCCUGGCCUGGAAACAACCCGAGAGAUCACCCCGGAAUGAUACAGAUGUUCUUAGGCAAGAAUGGAGGACCUGAUAUCAAUGGAAAUGAACUGCCACGGCUCUUCUACAUCUCACGAGAGAAAAGGCCGGGUUUUCAACAUCACAAGAAAGCUGGUGCCAUGAAUGCUCUGGUUCGAGUUUCUGCUGUCCUUUCAAAUGGUGCAUUCCUUCUAAAUGUGGACUGUGACCAUUACUUCAACAACAGCAAGGCCCUAAGAGAAGCCAUGUGUUUCCUCAUGGAUCCCAAUUUUAGAAACAGAACGUGCUACGUUCAGUUCCCACAAAGAUUUGAUGGCAUUGAUUUGCAUGAUAGAUAUGCCAAUAGAAAUACAGUUUUCUUUGAUAUUAACUUAAAAGGGCAAGAUGGACUGCAAGGCCCGGUGUACGUUGGUACUGGGUGUUGUUUCAAUAGGCAAGCACUCUAUGGUUACCACCCUGUUUUGAAAGAAGAAGAAAGGAAAACAGAUUCCAUUCUCAAAUGGUGCAGGGGCCUAUUUCCAACAAACAAGAGAGAGACUGUAAAGGAUAAAUAUUUGGAUGAGAAGAGAGCCCAUGGAGCAGGGGCCGACACCGAACUGCCACUUUUCCACAAAGAAGAUGCAGCAGAAGAGCUCCAAGGGUUCGAAGAAGACGAGCCUUUGCUUGUGUUACAAGGAGGCUUAGGGGAAAAAUUUGGCCUGUCGCCUGCUUUCAUUGAAACAACAUCCAGGAAAGAGGGAGGCAUUCCUGACUCCUCUGAUCCUGCUUCUUUGUUGAAAGAAGCUGUCCAUGUCAUAAGCUGUGGCUACGAGGCCAAAACAGAAUGGGGGAAAGAGAUUGGUUGGAUAUAUGGCUCUGUAACUGAAGACAUUCUAACCGGCUUCAAAAUGCAUGCUCGAGGUUGGAUCUCUGUCUAUUGCAUGCCAUCAAGGCCUGCAUUUAAAGGCUCUGCUCCGAUCAAUCUAUCUGAUCGCUUGAACCAAGUUUUGAGAUGGGCGUUGGGGUCAGUAGAGAUUUUAUUGAGCAGGCAUUGCCCAAUAUGGUAUGGCUAUGGAGGAAGGCUGAGGUUAUUGCAAAGGGUGGCAUAUAUUAACACGGCACUUUAUCCAUUGACUUCGCUGCCAUUGAUUGCUUACUGUGUGCUGCCUGCGGUGUGCCUUCUCACGGGGAAAUUCAUAGUUCCAGAGCUAAGUGAUUGGGCAAUCAUGUGGUUUAUCCUAUUAUUCGCGUCCAUCUUCGCCACCGGCAUGCUGGAACUACGAUGGAGUGGUGUGCAUAUCGACGACUGGUGGAGGAACGAGCAGUUUUGGGUGAUUGGGGGCACCUCAGCUCACCUCUUUGCCGUCUUCCAGGGCCUCCUCAAAGUCCUAGGGGGGAUCGACACCAACUUCACAGUGACUUCAAAGGCCUCCGACAAAGAUGGUGAAUUCUCGGAACUCCAUGCUUUCAAAUGGACAACACUCCUCAUCCCCCCGACCACGCUGUUGUUGCUGAAUGUGGUUGGGAUGGUGGCCGGGGUAUCUCAUGCGUUGAGCACCGGAGACAUGUCUUGGGGGCCAUUGCUAGGAAGGUUGUUUUUUGCAGUUUGGGUCAUUGUGCACCUUUACCCUUUCCUAAAGGGCUUGUUGGGGCGACAGGAUCGCACCCCCACCAUAUUGAUUGUGUGGUCAUUGCUCUUGGCCACCAUUUUCUCCUUGCUUUGGGUUGAUAUCGAUCCCUUUAUUGCUCCUCCGCCACCGACACUGGCCAUGCAAUGCGGUGUCGACUGCUAGAAUCUUAUCAGCAAUGGAAGCCUACAAUACCAUCCUCUCUCUCUAUUGCUCUCAUAUGAAUUGAGAUGGGAAAUGGCUAUCGAUUUUGCAAGGGAGUUGCACUGUAUACAUCUAUUCAUUGAAAGUAUCUUCAAGGUUUUGGUUGAUACCUUGAAUCAACAUUGUAGCUCACAUCUUUUGCUGCCCAUCGAUAGCACAUCCUGACAUAAUAUGCCUGUUGAUCUCUUGGCCAAAGAGGCAGGUUCUAAAG